AUGCCCGUAACCAUCCAAAAAGGACUUCGCUGGAAGAAGGACCGGAAUCUAGGAGUGGCGCCUGAGUGGACAACCGAGCCUAGUAUCGAGGACGUCACAACACUCGUGCGACGGGAGCUGAAGAUCCCGACUCCAGAUCUAUGCGUAGUUCAAUUCCUAACCCAAAACAAAUUCAACAAGGCUUACACCGUCACAUGUGGCAGCUCGCAAGAAUACGUCUUGCGUCUAACUGUACCCGUUGACCCACGAUCAAAGACCAUGAGCGAGGUGGCUACUAUCAAGUAUAUCCGUCACCACACUGAGAUUCCUGUACCACAAGUCUUUUGUCACCAGGCUAGUACCGCCAACGAGGUCGGACUUGAGUGGAUACUUAUGGCGCGCAUGCCUGGUCGCAGACUCUGUGAUGAGUGGAAGGGUAUGGACUAUCUCAAGAAAGAGCAAUUGGUGCGUAAGCUGGUCUCUGUUCAUGCGCAGCUCUUCCAACAGCGGUUCAACCGACUGGGAAACCUGUAUCCUGCGAAUGAACUUUCCCAGCUAUCCACCUCCGAUAUGGACAAUAUCACAUUCCUUGGACCGGACGCCUCAAUCCGAUCUACACAACUCGCCCUAGGCAAGAUCGUAUCAGCGCCGUUCUUUUGGGGCAAACAUAUCGACCACAACGUCCCACGCGGUCCCUACAAGCAUAGCCGAGACUGGCUAUCCGCACAACUCCAGCUAAACCUUCUCGACCUCAACGACGAGUCCAACCGCGAAACCUCGGACGAAAUCAAGCGCUCAGACGAUAAAGCUAAGAACCGAGCGCAACGACUGCUUGAUCUCCUGCCAAAAAAUUUUCCUGAGGAGGAGGAGGAGGAGGAGGUGUUUGUGCUUCAUCACCAUAACCUUCACGCAGCCAGUAUGCUCGUAGAUGAGAACGGCGAGUUAACUGGUAUUUCCGAUUGGGAAUGCGCGCAUACUGCCCCCCUGUGGCUCGCAUGUCAGUCACCUAAAAUCUUGGAGUUGUCUGGCUCUACCGCAUCAGUAUCUAACCCCAACCCUAUCCAACGCGAAAUCGCCGAAGAGCGCAAUGCGGAGUAUGACACGAAAGUAAAGCUUAGACAGGUUUUCCUGGAAGAGAUGCAGAGUGUUUGCCCUGAAUGGGUUGAGGUACAUCAGUCUAAUCAGCUGAAAGUGGGUUUCGAACAGGUUGUACAGCAUUUUGGUGCUGCUGGUGAUGGUAAGUAUAUCGAUCGGUGGAUUGAUGAGGUUGAGAAGAAUGGAACUGCACCUCUGUUAAGGGAGAUCAUUCGCACUACAUGGUUUGAAGAGUACUUUCGUAAUGGGUACCCUUUUUAGUAUUGAGUUAUGGGAUGGAAACAUAUCAUGAUCGAAACACAUUAACCUAGGAAAAAAACCGAACACCCUGGAGCCUACGUCGACGUCAAGUCACCCACUUUACAUAUUUUUAUCUCAAUGUAGCCUGCAGACCUGUUUAGAAUUGUUUAGUUCUUCUCUUGUAUGAGGUGGAAAGGUGUUUAAGUAGUACCUAGGUAGUUAGGCGUUCUUUCCGAAAGAGGCAAAGUAAUGGACAUGGUACGAGUGGUGCCUUGAAGCAUUGCGUGACUAAGCUCCGAUGCUCUCAACCUCUCUUGCUCGUAGCCCAGUAAAUGCCAAAACAAAACUUUAGUACCAGACCGCAUCCAUGCUUUCCCAACCCCCUACUGCGUGCCAUCGGUGUAAAG